AUGACAGUCAUGAUCGAAGAGACAAUGUACGAGUCAAAAAUUGUCAAAGAAAUUGUUGAAAGCAUAUUUUUUGAAUUGCCUCGUAGCUUUUCACGUGUUUCCGAGGGUCUUGUUGGAAUUGAAUCUCGUGUGGAGGAAGUUAUGAAGUUACUCCAUAUUGGGGAGGGUGGUGUUCUCUUUAUAGGGAUUCAUGGGAUGGGUGGGGUGGGUAAGACCACACUGGCACAAGUCAUUUAUGAUAUGGUUCUUCGUCAAUUUGAAGUUAGAUGCUUUAUUUCUUGUAAAGAAGAAGAUGGAUCUGGAACUAACAGAAGAAUUUAUCGUCCUCUGAAUGAUUUAAAAAAUCAGUUUAUUUCUAAGAUCCGCAUGGGAAUGCAAAGGAAUUUCUUGGAUGAUAAUGAUCGAAUCUCUGUGAUAAGUAGGGAACUAAGACACCGAAAGGUUUUUCUUGUUCUUGAUGAUGUGGAUAGAGAAGAAGAAAUAAAAGCAUUAGCAUGGAGCCCUGAUUGGUUUGGUGAAGGGAGUAGAAUCAUUUUAACAAGCAGAGAUGUUCAUUUGUUGGAUAGGCAUGCGACUGCUAGUGCUAUCUAUGAGGUGAAGUUGUUGAAUGACAAUGAAGCUUUGCAGCUCUUUUGUAUGAAGGUAUUCAAAAGACCCUGUCCCCCUUCUGAAGGUCAUUCUGAUGCAGAUUUGUAUAAGAAAGUUUGUAUGAAAUUUGUGAAACUUGCUGAAGGCCUUCCUUUAGCUCUUGAAGCUUUGGGUAGCCGUAUGUCUCCUCAAACACUGCCUCUAUGGGAAAACAGUGAUGAAAUACGUCCAGGAAGUUCAAAAGUGAUAGAAAGAAGCCUAGAAAUCAGUUUUGAUGGACUGGAAGAGUCGGAAAAAGAAUUAUUUUUAGAUAUUGCAUGUUUCUUCCGGGGUUCAGAUUUAGUUAACAUAAUACAUAAACUAGAAAGUUUUGGUUACUUUCCAAACAUCAGUAUUGACGUUCUAAGGGGCAAAUCUCUUAUAACCAUCUCAAGGGGCAGAUUGUUAAUGCAUGGUUUGCUAGAAAAAAUGGGUCAGCAAAUAGUUUAUCGUGAAUCCCCAUAUGAACCCGGUCAACGCAGUAGAUUGUGGGAUUGGAAGGAUGUCCUUGAUGUAUUGAAGAAUAAAACCGGAACUGUUGCGGUUCAAGGCAUGGUCCUGGACUUCCCUAAUAAUACAAGAAGGGAAUUAAGACUGGAUGUGGAUGGCUUCUCAAAUAUGAAAAGAUUGAGAAUGCUUAAGAUUGGCAACAUUGAUUGUGUAGAAAACGUUUCUGAACUUUAUGCUAAGUUAAGCACUCUGGUAUGGCAAGGAAAUCUUUCAAAAUUUGUGCUACCCGAUGGAUUACGCAUUAUGGAAUGGUGUGGAUGUUCGGUUUUCAACCAGACAUACUUGUCGUAUCCUCUAAAAUCCUUGCCAGCCACUUUUGAACCACACAACCUUGUUGAACUCAGCAUGCCUUGUAGCCCUAUCGAACAAUUGUGGAAGGGAUUUAAGAGUUUAGAGGAUUUGAAAAUCAUUGACCUGCGUGGCUCUCAAAACUUGAUCGAGAUUCCAGACUUCACUGGAGUCCCAAAUCUUCAAAGACUAGAGCUUGAAGGUUGUACAAGUUUGUCUAAGCUCCAUUCAUCUGUUGGAUUUCUUAAAAGGCUUAAACGAUUCAAUUUACGAAAUUGCAAAUGCCUUAAAAGCCUUCCAGACAUGAUCAGCUUGGAAUCUCUUGAGUUUUUUGAUCUAUCUAGCUGCUCAAGACUCGACGCGUUUCCAGCCAUCCUAGGAAAUAUGACAUCUCUUGAAAUUCUCCUGUUGUCCCAUUGCUCAAGACUUUUUGAGCCAGAGGACCUGAGUGGUUUGGUAUGUCUGAAGUCGCUUAAUAUGGAUGAAACUGCUAUAACACAAUUACUUCCGAAGAGCUGCAAAGAUGUAUCCUUUGGCGGACGUAAAUCAUGGGAUUCACACUUCCAUUGUCACUUGUUGCAGAAAGAAAGCUUAGAUCCCAACACUCAUUCGAUCCUUAAUUCAUUAUCUGAUUUAAGCUCUUUAAUAUCCUUAGAUCUGAGUUAUUGCAAUCUAUCAGAUGGAGCAAUACCCAAUGAUCUUAGUCACUUAUCCUCACUUGAGAUUGUAAACUUGAGCGGGAACAAGUUUGCGAGAAUACCAGAUAGCAUUUGCCAGCUUUCCAAUCUUGAAUCACUUUACUUGAUAGAUUGCAGCAGGCUUCAAGCAUUGCCAAAGCUUCCAUCGAGUUUAACAUACCUGUACGUUGAGAAUUGUCCAAAGCUGGAGGAGUCUUCUGACCUAUUAUUCACGGGGACUUUAAGUGAAAAAUUGGCACUCGCUGAUUGCUCCUUAGCAGCAUUGUAUAUUGAUUAUGAUGGUGGCAGUCCCUGCAGUAUUUUACAAUUGGAUCUGCGAAAACAUUUAGAGACAGAAGGCCAUUGGAGAAGAUUCUUUGGUACCAAGGUCAUAUGUGGGUCGUGGUUGGGACCUGGAAUCCCAAAGUGGUUCAACAACAAAAGUGCUAGCUCCUCUGUAAAACUUGAGAUGCAUCCAGAUUUGAAUGAUAAUAGGGAGUGGAAAGGAUGUGCUCUGUUUGUUGUUUAUGAAGUCCAUGAGCAUCAUAAGUCAAGUUCUAUGAUUUUUGAGAGCGCUGACUUUGUUUAUCAUUUUGAGACCGACAAAGGACAUCUAGAUAUACCCUUUGUCCUCCCGGUCCCUAAAGUAACAUCUGUUGGGGCAACUGGAUUUUGGGUGUAUAUACCAGCUAAAUGGUUUUUGGAACAGUACUCCAAGAAAUUGGGUGGAUGGAGCUACAUUGAUGCUUUAAUUUUAUCAGAUAGCUUGGCUGUGGAGGUGAAAGAGUGUGGGAUAGGUCUAGUAUGCAGUGAGCAUGAUGCUUUGGAAUUCUAUGAAGCCUUGAAUAUCAUUGGUCAAGAUUUGGAUUUAGAAACUUAUCAUCCUCCUUUAUAUCGUUUAUAAUUCAACAUUCAUGGUAUUGUUAUGGAAGCUCGCUAGGUCAUCCUCAGAAGCUUCUGUUAAUUAGGUCUCACAGUUUCAUUCCUAUCGGCAUUGAAACAUAUGAUCAGCUACAAGUGGCCGAAGAGAUGAUGAUCGGUGAAGAUGCCAAGGACUGAAAGUUAUAGAGCUCGUGUUGUACAUUACCUUCACAAGAAUUACUACAAAUUCCAAAUUUUCUUUUCAAAUGAUGAUGCAAAGAACCAAAAAAAAAAAAAACUACCAAACAGUCUUAACUUCAUCGUCGGCAUUUGGCACAACCAUCUAGCACUUGUUGUGGGAAGUUGAUAGAACAGAGACUGUGCCUUUGUGGGUACAUCAAAAAUCCAAACAAUGUCCCCAAUGAAUAGCUCAAUCAGU